GUGUGUCUAUAAUCGCUUUGCCCUCUUAUUACUUAUUAUAAAAUGUAAUAUCGGAUUUCGAAUGCGUAUUGCUGACAUAAUUUUUUGAAACCUCUGUAAACGUUGUUUACGGGUUUCCUCCAAACUGCUUAUUAUUAGCAGCCAAAUACUAUUACAAUUCACAUUUUUACAAUUAUUUUUCACAGCACUGUGAAAAAAAUGGCGCAUGCGUCCGAUUAAGGCUCCAAAAGCUCUUGUACCCUUUUUCUUCUGUUCAAACACAUACACAGGAAAAUUAAGGACAAUGCUCUGCAUUUUGACGUCAGAAGAUUGAGUUAUAAAUAAACCUUUGAAUUACCAGUGACAAAUUUACGCAAUAAAAUAAAUUUUACAUUAAAUUUGUUUUUAGCACAUUUUCAAUAAUGAAGCUGACUUUGCGACGUUAUUCGUUAUUGCUAUGUCUUCAAUUUACGUUUUUAUUAGCGGAUCUGUUUUUCAACACUUUUGCGCACAUUUUCCUACGUGAAAAGCUCCAAUUUUCAAUAUUGAUGUUUGUUACUCAGGAUGUUUUUAUAAUCUGUGAAUAUGUAUUUUUCACUUUUGCUGUGCACUCUACUUGUGUUUACGAGGUCGGCGGCGCCUCUGUAAUUUUGCGAAAUUGCAAAUUCUUUCUAUUCACAAUUCUCACCUAUUUCCUACUCUCGGCCGCGCAACAUGUUUGGAUUGUUUAUAAUAUAAUGUGGGCGCCACCUGCGGACUGGUCAAGUACUCUCACUGCCUUAGCAUUUGUGCAGCGCAUUGUAUCCUGUGCUUAUUACUAUAUUUGCAAACAUACGGCUUUAGUUGUAUCAGAUCCCAGAUAUUAUGAAGAGAAUAUUGACUGGAUUGCUGAACAACUGAGUGAUAAGUAAUACAAAAAAUAAGUGGCUAAUAAUUGUUGUUUAAUCGAGAUUUCAUUGAAACAUAUUGUUUUUGUAAAAAAAUUCAGAAUACAGUUAUCUAAUCAAUAAAUAUAUUUGUUUGAGACAUUAAAAGCAAAAACUUUGGCAUAAGAAUUACACGAAUAAUGAUACCUUUGCAAUAUUUUGAUCAAGAAUACGAAAAUUUAAUCCAAAAUCUGUUCCAUUUCAUAAAAAAUGUUAUAUACAUAUGCUGGCUCUUAAGGCGCCAAUCGUCUAUUUUUUGGCCGGGCUUUGCCUCUUGAGUUAAUUGAACUUUGCAUUCAUGAAAAU